AUCACCCUUGUUGAAAACAACACUUAUGUCAAUUCUGGGUUAUGACUUGUGUCGCGCGUACAUUGAUUUCGUCACCUGGAUCCGCGCGUAGGUCCAGUGGUAGCGAGCGUUGCACGACCGGAGCGACACGGGGAUUGGGAGCAGCUGGCUUAGUGGGGGGAGAGGGAGAGGAUGGGAGAGAGGUGGCAGCAACAUAAUACUAUACUCUGGCACCGAUUGGUGGGAUCUCCAGGUGACAGCCACGUCUUGCUGUCAUGGCAGAGGAGCCGUGGCAGACGUUGUUGUUCCACUACAUCAGGGUGCUUUUGUGCGUCGUGCAUGAAAAUAGCACACUGUUGUUUUGGUAUUGCACUAGCUGCCCCAUGCGGCGACUAAAUUCCGCCUCAGAUAGACCGACAGACAGGUUUUACGGCGCCGAGCCCGUUUGGGGCUUUGUCGGCUAUCCCUUGCUGGAGAUCGGCUUGCUGGUUGGGGUGGUUGGGGUGGAUGGUUCUUGCGGGUUGGUGCCGGUAGACUUGCGGGUUGGCGCCAUCAACGGUGUCGCACGAGAGUUGCACAUUAGGCACCCGGACUGCGUGCAUGGGACAAACGUCUGCCCCAGGAGGCAGCGGGUAGGCUCCCGUGUCCCCAUUGCUUGGAGUGUAGCACUGCUCCAGCCCUCACAGGGCCACUAGAGAGCACACCACCAGGCACGGGAGGCAUGGCGGCGUGUCCACGUGAUGGCGCGCACGUGACUGGGCGUUGACCAACCAGUUGUUGUCCAAUUUUCACCCACCUCGGAGAAGCUAUACCACACUAACCUACA